UGUAUAUAGUGUGUAUAUAGUGUGUAUAUAGUGUUUAUAUAGUGUGUAUAUAGUGUUAUAUAGUGUGUAUAUAGUGUCUAUUCAAAUCAAAUCAAAUCAAAUCAAAUCAAAUUUUAUUGGUCACAUGCGCCAAAUACAACAGGUGCAGACAUUACAGUGAAAUGCUUACUUACAGCCCUUAACCAACAGUGCAUUUAUUUUUUAACAAAAAAAGUAAAAAUAAAACAACAACAAAAAAAGUGUUGAGAAAAAAAAGAGCAGAAGUAAAAUAAAAUAACAGUAGGGAGGCUAUAUAUACAGGGGGGGGGGGUCUAUAUAGUGUUUAUAUAGUGUAUAUAGUGUAUAUAAUAUGUAUAUAUAUGUAUAUAUUGUCUAUAUAGUUUUUAUAUAGUAUAUAUAGUGAAUAUUUAGUGUCUAUUGUGUUUGUAUAGUGCAUAUAUAGAGUAUAUACUUUCUAUAUAGUGCAUAUAUGGUGUCUAUACAGUGUCUAUAUAGUGUCUCAAUAGUGUAUAUAUAGUGUAAAUAUAGUGUAUAUAUAGUGUAAAUAUAGUGUAUAUAUAGUGUAUAUAUAGUGUAAAUAUAGUGUAUAUAUAGUGUGUAUAUAUGGUGUCUAUAUAGUGUGUAUAUAUGGUGUAUAUAUAGUGUGUAUAUAUGGUGUAUAUAUAGUGUAUAUAUAUAGUGUAUAUAUGGUGUACUCCUGAGUGGCGCAGUGGUCUAAGGCACUGCAUCGUAGUGCUAACUGUGCCACUAGAGAUCCUGGUUCGAAUCCAGGCUCUGUCGCAGCCGGCCGCGACCGGGAGACUCAUGGGCGGCGCACAAUUGGCCCAGUGUUGUCCAGGGUAGGGGAGGGAAUGGCCGGCAGGGAUGUAGCUCAGUUGAUAGAGCAUGGCGUUUGCAACGCCAGGGUUGUGGGUUCGAUUCCCACGGGGGCCCAGUAUGAAAACAUUUGUAUUCACUAACUGUAAGUCACUCUGGAUAAGAGCGUCUGCUAAAUGACUAAAAUGUAAAUGUAUAUAGUGUGUCUAUAUAGUGUGUAUAUAUAGUGUGUAAAUAACGUGUAUAUAUAUUGUAUAUAUAGUGUAAACAUAGUUUAUAUAGUGUAUAUAUAGUGUAAACAUAGUUUAUAUAGUGUAUAUAUAUAGUGUAAUCAUAGUUUAUAUAGUGUAUAUAUUGUUUUUAUUGUGUCUAUAUAGUGUAUAGAGUGUAUAUAGUGUAUAUAUAGUUUAUAUAGUGUAUAUAUUGUUUUUAUUGUGUCUAUAUAGUGUAUAUAGUGUAUAUAGUGUAUAUAUAGUUUAUAUAGUGUAUAUAUCGUUUUUAUUGUGUCUAUAUAGUGUAUAUAGUGUAUAUAGUGUAUAUAUAGUUUAUAUAGUGUAUAUAUCGUUUUUAUUGUGUCUAUGUAGUGUCUAUAUAGUUUAUAUAGUGUAUAUAUCGUUUUUAUUGUGUCUAUAUAGUGUAUAUAUAGUGUCUAUAUAGUGUCUAUAUAGUGUAUAUAUAGUGUCUAUAUAGUGUAUAUAUAGUGUCUAUAUAGUGUAUAUAUAGUGUCUAUAUAGUGUAUAUAUAGUGCAUAUUUUACAUUUUGGUCAUGUAGCAGACACUCUUAUCCAGAGCGACUUACAGUUAGUGAGUGCAUACAUUUUUGUCUCUACCGUGUAUAUGUAGUGUACAUUUAGUGUAAAUGUGUAAUAGUGUAAAUGUAAUGUAUAUAUUUUGGUCUAUUUAGUGUAUAUAUAGUGUCUGUAUAGUCUCUAAAUCAUAUAUAUUGUGUCUGUAUGGUGUCUAUAUAUUGAAUAUAGUGUAUAAAUAGUGUUUACAUAGUGUCUCUAUAGUGUAUAUAGUGUAUAAUGUGUACAUGUAAUGUCUUUAUUGUGUCUAUAUAGUGUAUAUAUAGUGUAUACAUAGUGUAUACAUAGUGUAUAUAUAGUGUAUAUAGUUUAUAUAUAGUGUAUAUAUAGUGUAUAUAUAGUGUAUACAUAGUGUAUACAUAGUGUAUAUAGUAUAUAUACAGUGUAGAUAAUGUAUAUAUUGUGUAUAUUUAUGUCUUUAUGUAUUUUGUGCUCUCCAGUCUGAUCACCCAUGGCUUCGGGACUCCGGCAGUGUGCGCGGCUCUCAGCACCUUCCAGACCGUUCUUAGUGAGAUGCUCAACUUCCUGGAUAAACAUUCUGCCGCCGGGAACCCUGGGAAAACCUCUGGUCAGGAGACGGAAAAGACUGGAACUGUCCGGAAAACCAGCGAGCUGCUCAAUAAAGACGGAAAAGCUGAAAAGACAGAGUAG